AUUUCUUUGAUUGUUAUCUAUUAUCACAGUAAAUAAAACACUCUAUAUAAAAUACACUGAACAUUUUAAUCAAGGUAGUGGACAAUCGAGAACCAUGCAGCCAAUACAAAUAUUAGUUCUUUGUCUUACUAUUGCAUCGGCGGCUUCCGCGCCACAACAAAGGAUUGCCGGAGGAUCAGUGGCAGUUAUAAGUUCAUAUCCGUUCGCUACCGCAUUAUUGAGGUCCAAGGACUAUGUAACUUAUUCCCAACUUUGCGCUGGCUCUAUUCUCAACACAAAAUCAGUUCUGACUGCGGCAAGCUGCUUCUUCGGUGAUAGUACAAGUUUAUGGCGCAUGAGAGUUGGGUCAAGCUGGGCGAAUAGCGGUGGGUCUGUUCAUGUUAUAAACCGAGUAAUCCUUAAUCCGUACUACAAUCCACGGAUUCAAGACGGCGACAUUGCUAUCAUCCAGAGCUCAUCCAAUUUCAUUUAUAGUAAUUCUGUCAGGCCUGCCUCUAUAGCGGGUGUUAAUUAUGUGCUCACCGACAAUCAAGCAGUUUGGGCUGUAGGAUGGGGUUCUACUUACAAUGGCGGUCCUCCUUCUGAACAAUUACGGCACGUACAAAUUUGGACAGUCAAUCAGACAGUGUGUAAGAAUAGAUACAGAUCUUUGAGUCGCACUGUGACGGACAACAUGCUUUGUUCCGGCUGGCUGGAUGUGGGAAGUCGAGAUCAGUGUCAGUAUGAUGCUGGUGGUCCCCUAAUUCACAACAAUGCUGUAGUGGGCAUCUGUUCUUGGGGUUACCAGUGUGGUACCCCAACAUACCCCGGUGUCAAUACUCGUGUCUCCCGUUACACCCCUUGGAUACAAGCCAAUGCCUAACUGAAUAAACUUCUGAAUAAAUUGAAUCGGAAAUAAAUGUGAAUGCAGUUUCGUCGACUUGUGGUUAAUAUUUGGCACUGUUUCGUGUUUAGUAAUAUUAAAUGUUUAAUCUAAAGUAAAUAAGUGUUAUCAAUUUAUUGAAUGGCUUUUCCUCCUAUUAAUCUUUUAUUGGUAAUUCAACAUCUUUGAUAAAACUUGUAAUGUAUAAACUUUUUCAGUGUAAGUCGUGUAAAAUGUUAAGCAAGGAACUUGGAGGUCUGCCAUAGUUUUGUUUUUAUUUUAAAAUUUAACAAAGAUCGUACAAUAACUUGUAUACAUUCGAUGGUCCCACAGAAUCAGCAAUGAAUAGCAUUCUUUAUAUGAAAUUGAUACGUAUUAGAUAUCGUUUAGCAAGUGGCAAUCUUUAGCAAUUAACCCGAGCUCGACCGCGAUAUUGGAAUACUCUGUAUGCGGGAUCUAGUGAUUAUAUCCUACGACAUGGCAGUUUCCGCUACACUGUCUCUCAAUAGUCCGCUACGAGUGCUAUGGGAUUUGCAUCUACUUAGUAUUAUGGACUAUAAUGCAUUAUGUACUGUAGCGUAAC